GAGCGAUAUCGAUUACUUAGUUACAUCUGAGGAUAUCGUGUGAAAAAGGCGAAGGUGUACAGAAUGGAUAGUUUAGCGAUAAAACUCAUACUUAUUUGUGCCAUUGGUGCUGCUCAAGCCAGUCUCGGAGGCCCCUACAUUCUGUGGGGCCUCGACAGACUGAGAGACAUGGAUGUGUCAGCUCUGCGGGGAAUCAAUGACAAGACUCUCAAGGAUAUCUAUGGUGGGGCCAACUAUGUGAUUAUCUUCUUGCAAAAUAGCACCGCCAGGCCCACUCAGGAGCUCUAUCCGCGUUUCAUGGAGGUGAUUAACAACACCAGCUGGAUUUACCUGCCGCAGAAUUGGAUCUUCUCCGAUUCAAUGGAGUACAAUCCCAACACCGAGGUCAAUCACUUGGUGGGACCACCCUCGCAGUGCGACUCAGAGCUGGCCACGCUCUUCCGGAAUGCCGAGCUCACGUACGGCGAAGGCAAGGUUCUCGGGAUUCUGGCGAGCAAUGUAGAAGACAAUCACGAGAUAAGGAAGAGGGAAGCCACGGAAUCCACAUCCACUCCCAUGCCCAAUCCAACAGACGAGCCUAUGGAGGAUGGCUUUGUCUACUACCUCAAGGAUAAGGCAAUAAUGUACACGACAAUCGCUCCCGUCUUGAAGAUCUACGAGAACAACUCCAAUGAUGAGGAGGUGGCCAAGUACGAACUGAAGUCCCACGGGCAAUUGAUGGUGGACGAGAGAGAGAACUACAUUCGCCUCAUGAUCCAGUUCAAGACGGAGGAGGGCAGCAAGAUCUUCCUGCGCUUCAAAUUCCCCACCCGAUCGGGCUACUGGUACCUUACAGAAGUCGAAGUUGAGGACUACAAUCGCAGUCCGCCGCGAACCACGCUACAGGUGCAAGGAGAGCCACCAUACGCACCCAUGAAGUUCUCCUGGCAUUGCUCUCAGGGAUUAGUUUUCCGCAGCAACACUUCCACUCUCGUUCUGGACAAUGUACAGAUUCAACCAUCUCUCAAUGGAGGAAAAGUCUUCUAUGACGCCUACGACUGCGUUGGCUUCAUGUCGGCGCCCAUUUGGUCAGGAAUCGCCGUGAGCUUCCUGGUUCUGUUCGGCGUGGCCAUAGCAAUAAAUGCCAUUCUGGAAAUCAAGCCUCCAAAUCGCUUCGAAAGCAACCGCAACAAGCAACUUACUUUCACUGUUCAAGAAUAAAAUAACAGAUGACAUUCAUUUAUAGAAUAUUAGAACACAACAA